UACUUUUUUAUUUUAUUUAUAAUUUUUCUUCUUUAUCUCUUUCAUUCUUUGGAAGUUUAAACUGUGGCUCCUCCCGCUCUUCACUCACUUUCUCUCUCUCCUUCUUCCCCUUCAAACCUUCCUUCAACCCUUUUUAUUGAAUAUCAAAUACAACCCACCCACUUUUAUCACUUUCUCUCUCCUCUUUCUCUCUCUUCCCCCUAUUUUCUCUCUUCAAAUCUUUUUGAAUGAUCCAAUUCUUCUAAACCCUAAUCAUAAUAAUAAUAAUUAUUAUUUUUUUUUUAUUUUUUCAACUUUCAUCACUUUUUAUUUUCUCUGUAAAUUUUGAAACUCUUCUGGGGUUUUCUUCAAGCUUCUGUUCUGUGUGUCUCAUUCUCCUUUAAAAUUUGAGACUGAGGCAUACAGUGCUCUUCUACUAGGUUGAUAUGAACAAAGAAAAUAUAUCCUCGACCAAAGUAGAAGAGCCUACUCUUCGUGUAACAAGAGCACGGGCUAAAGCUCUUGGUACAUCAGGAAGGUUGAACCAGAAACCUCCAUUGCCCGAACAGAGUAGAGUUCUUAGAGUGAAUUCUAAGAGAUUAGCAUCGGAUGAAAACAAUUCGGCAGCUCCAGCUUCCGGUGUUCAAAAGAAGAGAAGAGCCACACUUACAGAUGUUACUAAUGUGCUUUGUGACAAAUCAUUUACGGGCUGCUUCACUGCUGGGAAAUUUCAGAAGCCGGAGAAGAAAGUUCCCUUCAGAAAGAGUGUUAAGGUUACCCCAGCUGUCUCAGAAACAGCUCAUAAUCAUGGUGAUUCAAAUGACAGAAUUGCUGAAGAUAUAUCAAAAUUGACAGUAGCACCCCUAGAGGUUGCUCCACUGGCAAAGAAAAUGAUAGCUAGUGAUACUUCAAACUUAGAUGGGGAACAUCAUAAGCGAACAAAAUUGGAACAUGGCUUACCAAUCAACCUUACUCCCUGUGAAACAAGAGAGAGACCUGUAAUUACUCAGACACUUCAAGAAGAGGACAGACUUCAUGACAAACCUGGAACCUCCAAGCAUCCAAAUGUAAUAGAUAUUGAUUGGAAUGUAAAGGAUCCUCUUAUGUGCAGCCUUUAUGUUUCAGAUAUAUAUGAGAACAAACGUGUUACAGAGCUUAAUCAAAGGCUUUCAGUUGACUAUAUGGAGAAGGUGCAACAUGAUAUCACUCCAAGCAUGAGAGGAAUUCUUGUUGAUUGGCUUGUGGAGGUUAGUGUCUCUGAAGAGUACAAAUUGGUCCCUGACACUCUUUACCUGACUGUGAAUCUCAUUGAUCGUUAUCUUUCUGGGAUUUACAUUGAAAAGCAAAAAUUGCAGUUGCUUGGAGUAACCUGCAUGUUGAUUGCCUCAAAGUACGAAGAAAUGAAUGCCCCACAAGUUGAAGAAUUUUGCUACAUCACAGCAAACACUUAUGCUAGAGAAGAGGUAUUGAAUAUGGAGAGGAAAGUUCUGAACUUUCUCUGCUUUCAACUGUCUGUUCCCACCAUAAAAACAUUUUUGAGGAGAUAUAUCCAUGCAGCUCAAGCUACGUAUAAGGAUCGUUUGGCAGACUUAGAGUACUUGGCAAAUUACCUAGCCGAAUUGACUCUUGUAGAAUACAGCUUUCUCAGAUUCCUCCCCUCACUCAUUGCUGCAUCUGCAGUAUUCCUUGCCAGAUGGACACUUGAUCAAUCUGAUCAUCCAUGGAAUCCAACUUUAGAGCACUAUACUAGCUAUAAGUCCACGGAGCUCAAAGUUACAGUAACUGCCAUGCAAGAUCUGCAAUUAAACACCAUUAAUUGCACGCUGAACGCAAUUCGUGAGAAGUACAGACAUGAAAAGUUCAAUUGUGUGGCAAAUCUGUUAUCUCCUGAAUCAGUUCAGUCCCUUUUCUGAAGUUCAAAGUGUAGCUGCGAUCCAAUCUUGUACAAGCUGAGUUAAGAUAAUUAUUCGUUGACAUCUUGAGAACGGCUGAUCUCCCUAACCACAGCCAUCUCUCCAGCUUUUUCCAUCCCUUCUCUUCAUGUUCAAAUUCUUUCAUUUUUGUUGUAACGUCCAAUGUCGUUAAAUUCAGUUCUGGCUCUCUCAGAACUAUUGUUAAAUUUAGGCACCUAAGGCGUUAACUUACAUAUUUGGAAAUGCCCUUACAGGAGCUGUCUUUUUUCUUUCUUCUUUUAUUUCUUCUUCUUUUUUUUUUUUUAACCUUCUAGGUUUCAGGAGCACCCUAGAAUUGCUUAGGGGUUGCUAUAAAUGUGAACAUCUGUAACUAAACCUGAAAUUAGUAUAUUCUAAAAUAAAGCAUCACUUAUAUACAUUGUAUUUUA